CGUCCGGAAGUCGGGUGCUGGUCCCGUUAGUACCUGGCCAUUUGGUCGCCUCACGUCACGCGGGUCCCUGCUCUUCCUCCUUAGGCGACCCCCGGGCAUCACCGCCGGCCCCCGACGAAGUGCACGUUGGGGAUCCCGUUGCCCUUGGCUCUCGUCUCCGGUUUGACUCCCGCCCUGCUUCCCUGCCGAGCUUACCUGCUCCGCACGGGGCCGUGUGCCGGCUGCCCAUGGCGGGGGCCGCUCCGACCACGGCCUUUGGGCAGGCGGUUAUCGGCCCGCCGGGCUCGGGGAAGACCACGUACUGCCUGGGCAUGAGUGAGUUCCUGCGCGCGCUGGGCCGGCGUGUGGCGGUGGUGAACCUGGACCCGGCCAAUGAGGGGCUGCCGUACGAGUGCGCCGUGGACGUGGCCGAGCUGGUGGGGCUGGGCGACGUGAUGGACGCGCUGCAGCUUGGGCCCAACGGCGGCCUGCUGUACUGCAUGGAGUACCUGGAGGCCAACCUGGACUGGUUGCGUGCCAAGCUCGACCCCCUCCGCGGCCACUACUUCCUCUUCGACUGCCCUGGCCAAGUGGAGCUUUGCACGCACCACGGAGCCCUGCGCAGCAUCUUCUCCCAGAUGGCGCAGUGGGACCUCAGGGUGCGUCUGGGGAUGGGCAGGCCCAUUUUGCAGAUGGAGGAACUGAGGGAGGAGAACAGAUGCCACGCCCCCAUGUCCCACAGCGAGCUGACUGCUGUCCACCUGGUGGAUUCUCACUAUUGCACAGACCCUGCCAAGUUCAUCUCGGUACUGUGUACCUCCCUGGCCACCAUGCUGCAUGUGGAGCUGCCGCAUGUCAACCUCCUCUCCAAGAUGGACCUCAUUGAACACUAUGGGAAGCUGGCCUUCAACCUGGAUUACUACACAGAGGUCCUGGACCUCUCCUACCUGCUUGACCACCUGGCUUCUGAUCCUUUCUUCCGCCACUACCGUCAGCUCAAUGAGAAGCUGGUGCAGCUCAUCGAAGACUACAGCCUGGUCUCCUUCAUCCCUCUCAACAUCCAGGACAAGGAGAGUAUCCAGCGGGUCCUGAAGGCUGUGGAUAAAGCCAAUGGCUACUGCUUUGGGGUCCAGGAGCAGCGGAGCCUGGAGGCCGUGAUGUCUGCCGCGGUGGGAGCUGACUUCCACUUCUCCUUCACCCUGGGCCUGCAGGAGAAGUACCUGGCGCCCUCAGAGCAGUCAGUGGAGCAGGAGGCCAUGCAGCUGUAGCAACAAGCUGAGCUCUGGAGAACAAGACACACGGCCCAGCACUGGGGAGAGUGGCGGCUCCCAGUGAGCAGCGGACAGCUCAAUGGGCUGCAGAUCCAAGGGCAGCACUUCCGGCCAGAGCUGGGAGACUGGCGAGGGGAUACUCAGCCUUGCGGAGGACUUCUGGCCAAAAGCCACACAUGUGGCCAAGCAGAGCACCAUCACAGCCUCAUGAUCUCUGGGCGCUGCCACCAGGGAUUCAGCACUGGUCCCACUCAGGCUGUGAUGGAAUGUGCUACAAUACAAGAGUUUAUCUUCUACUUUUUGUGGCUUCCAAACUUUCUUCAACCAUCCAGGCCAAGUGAGUUGGGAAUAUGGGAAUGUCACCUUUCCUCAGAAGAGUCCUAUUUCUUCAUACUAUAGGGCAGUGUUUCCCCCAAAGCACGGGAUCGUACUAGAGGGUUGGCUCUCAGUCCUCAGUUAUGCUCUUUGGUUAAUCUUCAGUUUUAACAGUGAACCUCAAGCUUGAGGUCUCACAGACAACACUUCCUAGCAGAUCUUGUAAUGUUUUAUUUUCGUUGUAUUUAUGUCACGGUUUUAUUGUUUUUUGAGGCAAGUGUUAACUAGUUUUCCAUUUAUAGUAGUGAUUAAAAGUUGACUUUAAAAUGAAAUUAUUUAUACCAGAUGAGUUGCUUAAAGAAAAAUAUCAGUAUAUAAUCUGAUAUCAUGAGGGCUGUGGGAAAAAUCAAGAUGGCUUGAAGUUGGAGAUACUGGUGUUUGCUUCCUUUGCUCUUCUUGCAACUGGUUGGAUGCAAUUCACAUUUUCAACCAGUAGGUAGCAUCCCAGGCUUAUUUUUUAAUUUUAAUUUUUUUUUCAGCUGUAGCCUGGAAGCAGAAGGGGACAGAUGGCUGUUGUGCCAGUAGUCUUACUUGCAGACACUCAGUGCUGUUAAUACAUGGGAAGGGCUUAGCAUUUUACAAAGAGCUUCCACACACACAGUCCUCAUGUGGCUUUCACAGCAGCUCCUAGGGAUAGAGACGAGAUGGGGAAUAGUAGUAAGCCCCACUUUACUGUGAGGAAACAGAAAGAUGAGGAGUUUGAACUUCAGUCAGCCUGUCUCUCUCAUAGCUCACUUUGCUGAAUACUUAAUGGUGAAAAGUCAGGGCCCUCCUCCCACAGGGUUUGUAACCAAUCAGGAGAAAGAAUUUAGACACCUGUAGGGUAUUACUGAAUCAUAAAUCAGGGGGAAGAUAGAUGACUGGUGGUUUGGACAGUUGGAGAAUUCAGUUUAGGAAAACUGUUCUGAAGUAGCAUUGAGAUGGGGGUGACUGGGCUUUGCUUCUCACAUUUGGUCACCAGAGCAGAAGGCAGAAGAGUGAGGGGCUGUGAGGAGGCUCCGCGGGCUGGAACCCCCACUCCCACGCCUGGCGGGAUAGGGGAUGAUAACUGGGUGCUCCUUCCCCGACUCUCAUCUGAGGAGUUCAAAGCACCUCAUCCCUAUUGACGCUGUACACGGUGGGUGGGGAGUGUCAACAGUGCAAGCCAGGGAAACUGAGGCCAGGAGGCACUGCCUGGGGCUGGCUGUGAGUCACCUAUGGGGCCUGGAGCCCAGGAAUAAUGACACCCAGGCUGCUGGCCAGAUCCCUCAUCAGUUAGGGCAUGAGGGUGGGUGCUGCGUUUUUGAAACUAAUACCAGUAGCUGUGGUCAUGGGUUUUGAUGCUUACCCCAUCCUGGAGGCCCCAGCUAUCACCAAAGCACACCAGCUGGAAGGAAGCAUCAUUUAGAACUCUAUGGCCUCAUAUGCAAGCACCCUGAGCAUUUAUUCUCUGCAGUCAUCAAGUGAAGAAGGACGGAAAAAUUCCAAACUUUAUUUUCAGGCCUUGGUGUGACAACAAGGGUGAUUUCUCCUCUAGUAAAUGGAGCUCUGUCCGCUUCCCACUGAUAGCAGCGUGAUUUUCUAUCCCCCCUGUCAUGAUUGGGAGGGGAUAGCACAGUGCAGAAAAGCAGAGGUGUCUGGGUUCCAGGUGAGGUCUGUUCAGCAUGAAGUGUGUAGGGUAAGAGAAAGACCAUCCUCGAUUUGUCAGCAUAUGACGACUGUCCUUAAGAUUUCUUUUUUUCCUGAUGGAAAAGUAAAACGCUUGGAAAAUGAAAAUAAGUCACCCGUAAUCCCACCACAGAUAAAUAAUUUUUAAAUAUUUAUAAUAAAUUUUCUAUUCAAAUGUA